AUGAAAUUUAAAUUUUUAUAUUUCCUUAUUUUAUACAAAUUAAUUUUAUCAUAUUGUUAUUUAUUGAAGAGAAAUAAACUACUUUAUGGUCAUAGAAAUCCCUCAUCUUGUAUAUUUUUUAUAGUACAAAAAAAUUAUUUGAAAAAUAUUGCUUAUAAAAAAAAGAAAUUUACUUACAACAGAAAUAAGAAGUUACGUGAUAGUAAUGAUGAUGAAAAGAAACAACCAUUUAUAAAUAAUUCGAAUAUAUUUCGAAAUAAAUAUAAUUAUAUACCAACAUUUGAUGAGGUGAAGAAAGACAUAGAAACAUUUAAAAAAGAUUAUCCAUAUUAUUUUACUGAACAUAGUAUACUAGAAUUAAUAAGAAUAGAAAAUAAUAUUGUUGUAAUAAAUAUUGAAGGACAAUUUUUUGAAGAUAUUAAUGUAGUAUUUGCAGAUGUAACCAAAUAUUUAUUAAAUAAAUAUAUGGGUAUAUUAGGUGUCCAUCCAUAUAAUAUAAGAAACCUGAACAUAAGGGGGAAAGAAAUGUGA